GUAGUCGGUGGGCGACUCGUCCCACGCCGCUCUAGGCGCGCGCAAUCUGACUUGGCGUGUGAUGAGGGAGCAGGACGAGGCCAGCGACGCCUCCAGCGCAGGCACGGCCUCCCCAGCAGCGUCGCUUCUAGCGGCGGACACCGCGGGCGAGGCUCGCACCGCCGGCAACCUGCGAGCGGUGGCUGCCGCCUGCAUAGCAGGCAUCGGGCCAUUCAUCUUUGGCUACACGCUGGGUUUCACGUCUCCUGCGCAGCUCCCGAUGGAGGUUGGCGCCAGUGGGCCGUUUGGCGCCGUCCUCGAGUCGCACCUCGACGCAGAUGGCGCCGUAGCGUCGUCGCAGGCCGCGCUCUUCGGCUCGAUUGUCAACGUGGGGGCGAUGCUCGGCGCGCUGGUGGCGGGUCCGCUCGCAGACAGCAUCGGCCGCCGCCUCACCAUCGCGGCCGCCGCGCUGCCGUGGAUCCUCGCGUGGUCCGCCAUCGCUUUUGGACGCACCUUUGCCGAAGUGCUCGCCGGCCGGCUGCUGUCUGGCGUUGCGGUCGGCGUCGCCUCGAUGGCGGUGCCUCUGUACAUCUCGGAGACGGCUCCCACCUCCAUCCGCGGCGCGCUGGGCGCCGUCAACCAGCUGGCCGUCACUCUGGGCAUCUUCGCGGUCUAUCUGCUCGGGGGUCUGCUCCAGUCACAGCAGCCAACUAACCUGAUGUGCCCCGCCUCCGCCUCCGCCUCCGCCUCCGCCUCCGCCUCCGCCUCCGCCUCCGCCUCCGCCUCCGCCUCCGCCUCCGCCUCCGCCUCCGCCUCCGCCUCCGCCUCCGCCUCCGCCUCCGCCUCCGCCUCCGCCUCCGCCUCCGCCUCCGCCUCCGCCUCCGCCCCCCCCGCUUCCCUCCGUCGCGUCGUCUCGAGCCUCGCGACGGCGGCGACUCCCGCGCCUUGCCCCGCCCCUCUCACAUGCUCUUCCGGCGGCGUGUGCGAG